GAGGGGCCUCGGGGAGAGCGCGUCGGGGUACGGGCGACGUCAGGUGUCGGCUGCGGCCCGAUCCGGUCCUUGCGGGCAGGUUUCGUGCCGGCAGAGCGGUGGGGAAGAUGAGCCGAUUCCUGAACGUGCUGCGCAGCUGGCUGGUGAUGGUGUCAGUCAUCGCCGCCGGGAACACUCUGCAGAGCUUCCGUGACCACAGCUUCCUCUCGGAAAAGCUGUACACCGCCAGCCCCGGGCUCGUGAACGGGCUUCAGGCGCGGACCUUCGGUGUCUGGACCCUGCUGUCAUCAGUGAUCCGCUGUCUCUGCGCCAUCGACAUCCGCAACAGGACGUAUGUAGAGAAGCACUGGAGAAAUCCUUUGCCUCUAUUACCUGACGCUCUUCACCUUCUUUUUGGCCCUUAUUCACUUUCUCUCCGAGGUCUUCAUUUACCACACUGCAGCCUUGACAAUUGGAGUUAUGGCACCCCUCAUGGUAGCAAGUUUCUCCAUCUUGGGAAUGUUGAUUGGGCUGCAGUAUCUGGAGGUAGAAGCACUGUCACAAAACAAGAAGAAAAACUGAAACCAAGGCCCUUUGUAGGUCAGCAUUGUCUGAUUUUACUACCAGACAUCCAUGAAAUCUCAGCUGAACUUCUCCAGAACACCAGUCUCACUGAUGUAUCAGUGUUGGACUCUUUCAAUCAUUCUUCAUUACCAAGUGUUGAUUCUUGUCCAAGCAAUAUUUCAACAGACCGAUGUCAAAGACCAAGUCCCAGAGGAGUCUGUGUCAAAGCUUGUGGAGGAGAGCAGUUUGGUGGCUGGAGGAGAGGAGGCACUGUCCUGGGCAUGCCCAGUGCAUUGAUUCCCGAUGUACUUGUCAGGAGAUGCCGUAGAGCUACCCAGGAUCCACUGAACACUUUGGACCAGAAAGAGAGCAUGUGCUGCCCCUGGCACUACUCUGUAACUUGCAUGUGUGUGUUCUUCAGGGGCCAUUUCUAAUAAAUGACAGAAAUCUG